AUGGCUGAUUUGGAAAAACUCAGUAAUAAGGAGUUACGUCAAAAAUGUAAAGAUUUGGGCAUUGCAAACAUUCCCGUUACAGAUUCAACACGGAAAUUACUAAUACGUAAAAUACAAAAUUGCAUAUCUGGCGGCGAAUCGAAGAAAAAUGUUAAACGUCUUGCCAAUCAUAAACCUGCAAAAUCCUCCACUUCCAAUGUCAAAAUUGCUGUCAAUACAAAAAUACGUGUAAGAGAUGAUGUUGCCGAAAAGAAAAAGGAUACCAUAAAUUUAACACGACGUUCAAUAAGCGACACUAAAACAAAAACAAAUGUAAAACAUACUCCAAAACCGUUGAACAACAACAGUACCGUUAAAAUCCCAACAAAAGAUAUAUCACCAAAAUCUUCGUAUUCAUCAACACAAAGAAUAAGCCCUCUUAAAGGUAUACUGAAAAAUAAACUUUCCAUAUCGCAAAGACCAUCGGAGAAUAUAAUAAGCGAUAGCCUACAUAAAAGGGACUAUACAAACGAAUCAUUAUCAGCGAAUUUUGGAAUUUGUCAUACUAUGCAACCAAAAUUAUUUAAACCCCAAAUUUCGAAAAUUAACACCACAGUAUGGCCGCACAAUACAUCAGCAAGAACUCAAGUUCUAACUAAAACUCCCGUCUUCUGUACAUCAUUUAUACAAGAAUCUAGCAUUUAUAGAUCCUAA